AUGGAUAUAUUCGGCCGUUGUAACGGUCCAGGAAGUGGUGGUACCACAGUAACUGGGACUACGUCUAUUAGAUCGGGUACUGUCGUUCCUUCGUCAUCAGUAGCAUCAGUUGCUGACUCUUCGGGUGGUGUUAGUGCAAGUGAAUCAGCAGAAGGGCCUGGAAGUACGUCAAGAAUGCAGCUUACCGGAGCGUCAGCUCCAGGAACAGCAGCUUCCCCAGAAUCAGGGGUGUCGCCGUUAGCAGAUGCGUAUACUAAAAUGACUACGGAUAUCCUCACGGAAAGGACGCUGGGAGAUUUUGUAAGCGAACACCCGGGGGAACUUGUCAAGACAGGAUCGCCGCAUCUGGUUUGCACGGUUCUACCGGCUCACUGGCGUUCCAAUAAGACACUUCCAGUGGCAUUCAAGGUUGUGGCAUUAGGGGAAGUUGGCGAUGGCACGCUGGUGACAGUCCGGGCGGGCAAUGACGAAAAUUGCUGCGCUGAGCUCAGAAAUUCAACGGCCUUGAUGAAAAACCAAGUCGCUAAAUUCAACGAUUUGAGGUUCGUCGGCCGCAGUGGCAGAGGAAAGAGCUUCACGCUGACGAUAACAGUAUCAACGUCGCCGCCGCAGGUAGCGACUUACACCAAGGCUAUCAAGGUGACGGUUGACGGCCCCCGUGAGCCCAGAUCCAAGACCAGAACACCAUUUUUUGCAUCACCACUCGUAGAUUCACUUCAGCCACUACCAAAUCCACUUCAACCACUACCAAAUCCACUGCAGCCACGCGAUCCACUGUCAUCAUUCCGGCAUGCAAUGCCCGGGAAUUGUCAAAACAUGUCGCAAUUUGGCCUGACCACUGGAAACUCUUGGGGCUACGGAAGCACAGCUGGAUACGCUGGAUACCUACCAGGCCCAUUGUCAUCUUGCGCGGCCCAGGCCCCGUUUCCACCACCACCACCACCUCCUCCAGCACCCACGACUGCUCUGACCACUUUUUCGGGUGCUAGCAUGACUCCAGCGGCUCCGGACUCCACAGCCGGCUCCACUGUCACCAACAGCUCCAGGACGGCCCAGCAAGACGCGUUUUCAACGGUCUCGUCACGUAAGUUUGGGAAUUCGAUGCUAAUGACGCCCAACGAUUAUGCUAAACUUGUUGUUCUUUUGGUUCCAGUUGUUCCGGAUACAACGACACCUGGUCAGACUGAUCCACUGGACCCUCUGAGCACUCUGAUGUCUGGGUCUACUCAGCGGUACCAGGACUAUGUAUCUCCAAGAUCCUUGUCCACUGAUUCCAAUACCACUGACAGUCCGGUUCAUGAAGAAGGGUUUGGGCAGAAUUAUGGGAAUUAUUUUCCAACUCCUGGGGUGCUUCCUAGUAUACUUUAUUCCCAGAUUUAUGGGAACCAGUUUCAGAACAGUGACAACUCGGAGCAAACUUCCGUCGCUGAGAGCUGCAAUGUCAGGCAAGAAGAGGUUAGGCCGGAUAAUAAUGUAUGGAGACCUUAUUAA